AUGAGCUCAAAGGAUAACUUGGCCCUGGAUCUUGAGCACGGCGUGCGACGAUGGGAUCGCACUCGAUGGAUAUCCGUCUUCAGCGGGCAUCAUCCAACUAUACGCGAAGAGACGGAAUGCUUGGGUCUGGGCUUGUCGGCGUCUUCCUCCACCACCAACCGCGGCAUUCCGAAGUUCGACUAUCCAGACUAUCGCAAACUAUCCAGUGAGGUAACGAAACUGUCAAAGGAAUUACCAAAAGAAAGAGAUGCGUUGCUGGAUUUUGCGGCGGAUCCGAGUUCCCUGGACCAGGAGCUCGAGGACCUGCUAGCGAGUUACGGACCCGCUAUUUGGGGCAAGGAUGCGGAUCGGAGCUGUUUACUCACACCAGAUCCUACCAAGAAGACGUACAACAAAGACCUGUUCUACGAAGAGCCUGAGCAUAAGGAUAUUCUCAAGAUUCAUCUGCAUCGGUGGAUCAUCAUCAAAGCUUGCUACUAUAUCCGCAACAUGAAGCUGAAGAGGCCGUCGGGUGCGAACGAGUAUGAUCAGCUCGCCGAUAUUGAUGGCGAUGGCCUGUCGCCGCAUGGAACGCCACAGUCGCUUACUCCACCAGACGCAGAAACUGUUGCAAGCGCAGACCUUGAUGUAAAGCCUAUCAACCUGAAGAAGCGCAAGCGCAAUGCUCACCUAACCGUGUCUGACGAUGACGACCUCGAGGCUUCGCCUGUCAAGCGACCUUACAGGACGAUGCUUGUGAGCUGGAGGGGCUGUCCAAGAAGGUCACUCAAGUCACUGUAUCCCGUGGGCCCGGGCAGUUUGGAAAACAUCCCUCCAAUGUCAACAUACAUUUCCCGUUUCUCAUUAGCACCAGAACUCAUGCCUGAACCCGCACGGCUACAGCUCAGUCCCUUGUCAAACAGCAACCACAACGGCGUGUCAAGGCCCCUUCCUGCCACGCAGAGUUUCACGAGAUCGACACCUGCAGGCUCCACCCCAGUCAAUACUGGAAGCUUCACCGCCGUUAACAAUACGGCUCCUGCCACAUACGGCAUCCAGCUCGUUCCGGCACCAGAAGCACCUCCGCCCAUCGGGCAGACAGCGAAUGCCUUAAAACCCCCUAGUCAACCUGCCGCAUCCCCCCCAUCAACCCGUGCUGAAAACCCCAAAAACAACCAAAACCCGAGAUUGCACAAGUCGUCCCGCCUCCCCCAGACGUUCCCCGGGGCUCAGAUCACGGCCGACCUCCCCCCCUUCUUCAAUGCCAAGUGA